GCCUAACUUGGGUGCCAUGUGGACAAUUUUGUAUACUAGGAUUUAUUUAACCGUGCACUUGACGUACAUCAGGUGUUCACGAUUUCAUCCAAUCGGGAGUUUGAACGUCAUUCUAGUGACCCCCGAUUGGAUGAAACCGCGAAAGCUGAUCUACACCAAGUGCACGACUAAAUAAAUGUACUGUAGUAGGGUUUUCCAUGUGAUAUGCUCGCUAGGCCAGUUUACGUUCUUUCUUCUCACCACCACUCAAGAAAAGUGAGAAGCAAAACUUUCCUGGAAUAUUUGUCGAUGUCACCAUCGUGCUGCUAUACCGGAGUGUUUCGAUCACAUUCUCAACCGGAAGCCAUCGGAAGGUACCGUCUUCCAUGACUUCUCACUCUCAGAUGCUGGAUCAGCUGCGUGAAGAUAAAUCCGCAUCUGGAAUGUUUGGAAUCCUGAUUUGCCCACAUUUGAAAUGAAACAACCGUACCGUAGCUGUGAAGUCCCAACAUAAAUUGAUUGUAGUCGUAAUUCGAAGAUAAUUUAAAAUUGUGUUUAUAAUGGCUCGUGUAAUGCGUUAUUAUGUUUCUAAGUUAUUUCAACCACAAAAUAUUGUUCCCAAGAAUUCAGAAGUGAAAUGCAAUGACAUUACGUCAAAGAGUCAAAAGCUAAUGAUGGACAUGGGAAUUAUCAGAGCAGCCAAUAAUGGAUUCUUCUACAUGUUACCUCUUGGCGAACGUGCAUUGAGGAAGCUAGUAGAUGUUGUAAAUGAAGAAAUGCAUAGAAUUGAUGCCCAGAAAUUGAUCCUUCCUUCUUUGAUUUCUUCAACUUUAUGGAAAAUGUCAGGACGGUUUGAUGAUGCUGCAGUAGCUGAUGAAUUAUUUACAUUAAAAGAUCGCCACAACAAAAAAUUUGUAUUGAGUCCUACCCAUGAAGAAGCAGUAACUGAUCUACUGGGUUCUAUAUCCCAGCUUUCCUAUCGCCAAUUGCCAUUACGUCUUUAUCAAAUAACAAACAAAUUCCGGGAUGAAAUGAAACCAAGAUUUGGAUUAAUGAGAGCAAAGGAAUUUCUUAUGAAAGAUCUUUAUACUUUUGAUACAAGCUUGGAAAAUGCUAAAGAAACUUAUGAAGCAGUAACUGCAUCAUACAAGACUAUUUUCAACAGAAUUGGAGUGAAGUAUGUUAGAGUUGCAGGUUUAACAGGUACUAUAGGAGGUUCUCUUUCCCACGAGUUCCAUUUUCCCUCAGAUGUGGGAGAGGAUAAUAUUUUUGUAUGUAAAAUCUGUGGUCAUGGAAAUAAUGCUGAAGUAUUCCCACAUACUGCUCAGAGCACAGGGGAAGGAGAUGUGAACAAGUGUGGGUCAUGUGGAAAUUCCUCUCUUUCUCAUGUACAAGGAAUUGAGGUUGGCCAUACAUUUUUGUUAGGAACCAGAUAUACCAAACCACUUAAGGCCCAGUUCAUGCAGCGAGAUGGCAAGCCUGGUUUCUUACAGAUGGGAUGUUAUGGUAUAGGAAUGACUCGAAUCUUAGCUGCUGUUGUGGAGUGUCUCAGCACAACAUCAGAAAUCCGGUGGCCUCCGAUUCUCGCUCCAUUCAAAGUCUGUGUAAUUCCUCCAAAGGCUGGUAGCAAAGAAAAUGAAGUAGCGUCUGGAUUGAUCUCGUCACUUUUCCAUCUGCUUGAUAAAGAUCCUGUGCUUGCUGAUGAUAUAAUAGUUGAUGACCGUUUGGAAUUAACCAUUGGGAGAAGAUUGCGAGACACAGCACGAGUGGGAUAUCCAUUAGCAGUAGUGUUGGGCAGGCAAACAAUGAACCAAGAACCCCUUCUUGAAGUCCACAAUUUUUCCUCCAAUCAGCAAGUAUUGCUGUCAGUGUCGGACACUGUUCAAUACAUAGUUCAGCACACAAGGUUGGAAGGUGAACCGGUUGAACAGUCUAGCAGAACAGUACAUGCUACACAUGGUUAACUAUAGUUAUGCGAGUGGAGAGACUGAAGAUGUUCAUGAGCUGUAAAAAAAGUAUUUUAUAAUAAAAAUCCUUGUUAACAAAAUGCAAGUUCUGAUGUUCUUGUAAUAAAAGUUCAGCAAAAUGCAAGAAAGAAGUUACAUUGCCUAAUGCUUCAAAAAUAUAUUGUUGAAAUUAUAAAAAGAUAUUACUCACAAUUUUUUAAAAUUAAUUUUCCACUAUUCUAAAAUUUAUUAAUUAUUAUUCUCAUUCAGGGACACUACUUAUUUAACUAAGUUGAAUUUUUAUAUACAUUUUCAGUAUACUUACUGAGCUACUAUACUGUCAUAAUUAACGUUGAAAACAUUUCCCCCAGCUCUAAACAAUCAUCUGGGUUUUAAAACAUUUAAAAAAAUUUAAAAACCAUUGAAAUGUUUGAAUAAUUUUUUUGAAUUAUUUCAAAUUAAAUAACAAAACUAAUGAAUGUAUCGAAAUUUUAAUUAAAAAAUAAUUUUAAUCUCUACAUAUUCAAGCAAACAAAUACAAAAACAAUGGAUGAUGUUUAGUCAUUAUUCCUUAUAUCAACAUAAAGUAAAUUGACAAAAAAAUUCGAACUUCAUUUGCUAGUAGUGACAACUAAUUUCACCAUAACAAAGACACAAAGGCAAUAUAAGAACAAAAUAAUGCAAAUUGUGACGCUUUUUUUUAUUGAUCUAUUAUUAUUACCCAAUAAAAUUUUUAUUACCCAUAAUUAUAUAAACAAAAAGUUAAGUUACCAGUAAUGCUUAUCUAUGUUUGAAAUUAAUUGGGAAGGGGGUAAUCCUUUGAAGCAUCAUAUUUACACUUGGCAGUACUGAAUAAAUAUUAGUUUGAAUGAUAAAGAAUAAAUAAUAUUCAUCAAUAAAACCCAAAAGCACUGACUGGGUUGGUGGUUGUUUUUGCAACUCAUAAUGCAAUAUAGUAUGUGCAAAUUCGUGACAAGUCACUAAAAGUCUCAACCCAAUGACUAGAUUUCUGCCUGUUAUGCCAUCACUUCAUAUGCAAGGAGUGGAUCUAGCCCAUCAUUUUGGAGGGAGCCAUCUUAGAUUUUUGUUAAAUGAAUAUUUUUUAUUAUUUUGUAUAUUUUUGUAGUGUAUAUAUGGUACUAUACUAUAUUAUUUUUUAAAUAAUUACAUAAUUCUAACAUUAAUAUUUAAAUUCAUU